AGUGCAACACAAUGGUCUGGUCACAACAGCUCAUUUCUGUAGGCCUACUUAUCAUCUUAUUCUUUCAGUCAGGAGUAGAUGGAGGUAAUGGAUAUUACCACACUACGGUGGAUCAGUGCCGCUCCAGCUCCAAAGAAUUGAGCGAUGUGGAGUACAUUCGAUCCAGUUGGUUUAAUAAGGCUGAAUAUCUGCGCUUUAAUAGCACUGUGGGGAACUGGGAAGGCUACACAGCAUUUGGAGUGCAAAAUGCAGAGAUUUACAACAAAGAUACAUCGAUUAUGGGACAGAUGCGGGCAGAGAAGGACAGAGUCUGCAGACAGAAUCUCCCAAUUGAUUUUGAGGCCAUACUAUCAAAGACAGGUGAGCCAGAAGUGGUGUUGAGUUUGGCAAAGCCCUCCAGCAGUGGCCAUCCUGCUGUGCUGAUGUGCAGUGCCUAUGACUUCUACCCCAAGAUGAUCAAGCUGACCUGGUACAGGGAUGGGCAGGAGGUGACUGGUAGUGUGAUAUCCAGUGAGGAGCUGGCGGAUGGAGACUGGUACUACCAGAUCCACUCCCACCUGGAGUUCACCCCCAAAGCUGGAGAGAAGAUCUCCUGUAUGGUGGAGCAUACCAGUCUCAAGGAGCCUAAAGUGAUCCCCUGGGACUCCUCCAUGCCUGAGCCUGAGAGGAAUAAGAUUGCCAUUGGGGCAGCAGGCCUGGUGCUGGGGGUCAUCAUUGCUCUGGCUGGAUUCAUCUACUACAAGAAGAAGUCCAGGACUAUUCUGUAGUUACAGGCCUAUCACAAUAUGCUGCACUAAAAUUCAAUCAAGGCAUCUAUCAUCUAUCAAGACAUCUAUCAGUUAAGGAUAAUUGGAUGUGGUUUGGAUUAACAAAAUUUAAGGCUGAUUUUGCAGUAUGUUUUUUUUCAUUGGCUUGUUGUAUAGUGUAGCACACACGUGUACAGGACUAAAAGACGGUUUUGUUGCUGCAUUUAUUUAGAGAUUUAGAAUCAAAGUUUUAAUAUUUAUUUCCCACUUGUUGGAAAUCCUCUCUGAAAACUAACAUGUCUAGCAAAUGCAAUGCUUUUAGGUGUUAUGAUAUGGGAUCAGUGGGCUGUUUGAAUUAGUAGGAGCUCAGCUCCCUCCGCAGCAUACAUUAGGUACUGCAGGUACAUUUCUUUCUGUACAGUUCUUAAUAACGUCUCAAUUAUAUCACCCUUUUCAAUUAUAUAACCAUAAUUCUUUAAAAUAGAUUGAAUACAUUUUGAUGCAUAUAUUUUUCUGCUGUGUGUGUGUGUGUGUGUGUGUGUGUGUGUGUGU